AUGUCUGCUAGAGCUCCUUCAUUGUUUGUUUGCCAUGGUGGUGGUCCUCUUCCAGUGCUUGGUGACAAAUCACAUUCAUCUCUUAUUGAAUUCUUCACUACAAAAGCACAGCAAAUCUUCACUCCGAAACCAAAAGCCAUCGUGAUGGUGACUGCUCACUGGGAAGAGUCACAACCAUUCAUUUCAUCAGGUGCUAAACAUGAUUUAUUAUAUGAUUAUUAUGGAUUUCCAUCAGAAUCUUAUAAGAUUCAGUAUAAAGCAAGUGGUUCACCACAAGUUGCUCAACAAGUUGCUGAUCUAUUAAGAAAGGCAGGGUUUUCACCAGAAAUGGAUUCAAAGAGAGGAUGGGAUCACGGCACUUUUAUUCCAUUGAAAAUGAUGUUGCCAGAAGCAGAUAUUCCAAUUGUCCAAGUGUCAGUAUUAUCAUCACAAGAUGCUGCAGCUCACUACAAAAUGGGAAGAGCUUUGGAAUCACUUCGUGAUGAGGGAGUUGCAAUUGUUGGAAGUGGAAUGAUCCCUCACAAUUUCUCAUACAUUAGAAAAUUCAUGGCUGGAGGUAGUUCAAAACCUUGGGGAGUUGCAUUCGAUGCAGCUCUCACUGAAGCAUGUGCAAUUGAGGACGUGGAAGAGAGAGAAGCCAAGCUUUUACAAUGGAAGACAAUGCCAGGUCGAGAGGAAUGUCAAGCACUUGGAGCUGCUGAACAUUUAAUGCCAUUAUUUGUUGUGGCUGGU